UUCCCUGCGAGACUGCCCUCAAGCAUCAACUGGACUUAUUUAAACGUGCCAUCUCUGUCUCUGGCCGUAAUCGGUGCUUCUUCUCAUGCUGGCAUGCUGAGCCAGGAGCCACAACUGCUCGGAAACAGUUUUUAAAAGCUUACCAUUGAAUAUUAAGAUGCCUCGAUCGUUCCUGGUGAAAAAACAUCUCAGCCACAAGAAGCCCAACUAUGGCACGCUGGAUGCCCACAGUGGUGAUCCUCAUACACACGUGAUUCCUGUGCUGUCCUCAUGUUCAGAACUCACCUCUCCUUCCCCUGAUGAGAGUCUGAUCUCCAGGUCUUGUCUACUGAAUCCAGCCGUAAGGCUAGUGAGCUCCAUUUGUGGCGUGUUUGAGCCGCAGCCUUUACAUCACUCCAGACCUCCUUCAGAAGGACAUGCCAACGCCCUGCCCGUGACUCAGAGCCCCUUGAGAGCCUCGGACCCUGCAGCACCUCAGCGUCUUUAUAACGACAGAGCUUUGGUGUCUGACGUUAAAGUCUCCCUGUUAGGACUCGCCUCGAAGGGCAACAUCCAGGAGCACUUUGAAUGUUUCGACUGUCACAAAACUUACUUCACCUUCUCAGGUUUGGCCAAACACAGGCAGCUGCAGUGCGAGUGGCCGUGUCAGAAAUACUUCAGCUGCAAGUACUGUGAUAAAGAGUACGUGAGUCUCGGAGCCCUGAAGAUGCACAUACGCACACAUACACUGCCCUGUGUGUGUAAACUGUGUGGGAAAGCCUUCUCCAGGCCCUGGCUGCUUCAGGGACACAUACGCACACACACAGGUGAGAAGCCGUUCUCGUGUCCUCACUGUAGUCGUGCAUUUGCAGAUCGCUCGAACCUGCGCGCUCACCUGCAGACGCACUCAGACGUGAAGAAAUAUCAGUGCAGGUGCUGUUCCAAGACAUUCUCCAGAAUCUCUCUUCUGUCCAAACAUGAAGAAGCUGGCUGCUGCCCAACGUCCUGAUAGUUUUCAUUACACCAUCAGGCCCUGGACUGCUCUGUACUAAUCUAUUUUUUCAGGAACUGAUACUGUUGGUUAGAACCUUUGUUAUGUGUGUUAAGUGUCCUGCAUGCAGCACAGGGUUACU